CUGGACCAGAUGCCUUUUUAUCCAAACCUCCCAGCUAAACCACAGCCAUGGAUUCCCAGAUCCGCCAGAAGCACCAAAGCGACUGCAAAGCAGCCAUCAACCGCAUGGUCAACAUGAAGUUGUACGCCAGCUAUAUCUAUCUCCCCAUGUCUUCCUACUUUGACCGCAGUGAUGUUGCUUUGAGACACGUUGCUGAAUUCUUUUGGCUGCAGUCUUGUGAAGAGUGGGAACCUGCUGACAAGCUGCGUCAGUUCCAGAGCCAGGGGGGUGGCCAUGUCCUCCUGCAUGAUAUCAAGAAGCCAGAAUGUGAUGUCUGGGGCACAGCUCUUGAAGCAAUGGAGGCAGCCCUUCAGCUGGAAAAGCAUAUGGUGGAAGUUACUGAGCAAGUUGGUCUUCGAUGGGCAGCGCACUUCAGUGGGCGGAAGGUGCCUAUGCUGGGAGUCUGUGUGUUAGGAAAAGCUUAUGGGUGA